AAAAUGCGAUUAUGCAUUAUCGAAUCGCGAAAAUCAAAGUUGUUAUUAUUAGAUCGAUAGAAAAUCGCGUUGUUAUAGCAACAUAUACGUGUAUAUAUAUAUAUAUAUAUACACUAUAUAUAUAUAUAUAUAUAUAUAUAGGCAUCUCUUUAGAAAAGUGAAUUUCUCCAGUAUUAAAGAAGUUCUAUUACAUAAAAUAGUAACAGUAAUCUUCGGCCGUCUUUUUAUCUUCGUAUAUAUUUUUAAUUUUUAAUAUGGAAGGCUUACCUCUCAUACCCGGCUAUAGUUUUCGUGAUCCAAGUAUACAAGAUUACAGGCUCAAGCACAGAUUUGACUUUUCAAAUGGUUUUCGAGUGUUAAGUGAUAGUAAAUUCGGUAUUGGAGGAAGACCUAUCGAUGUUGCAUCUCUUGCCUAUAUGGAGGAGAAAGAUCCCAUACAAUACGAUCCAUCGUUAACGUAUGGUCGCGUACGUGAUUACGGAUAUCAACAGUUUGUACCACAUUACGCAUUGUUCGCGCAAAAGUGUCUUCGUUUUAAGGCUUUUUUUCGUCAAGGAGUUUUUCAUUCUCCUAACGAACAUUUUCGUAUACGUCAUGUAUACAUUAUAUAUUUCUUAGAGGACGAUACUUUAUGCGUAACGGAGCCUUCUAUAGAAAAUGCUGGCUUUUCGCAAGGUAAACUUGUGAAGCGUAAUAGAGUUGCGAAGACCAUCAAUGGCGAUUAUUUCCACUGGAAAGAUCUUAAUGUUGGUAAAGAUAUAUGCAUCCACGGGAUAGUUUAUCAUAUUAUUGAUUGUGAUCUAUUUACGAGAGAAUUUUUGAGUAGUCAGGGUAUAGAUGUGGGAGAUAAAGAAGACACGCCCAUAGAUCCGUACAUAGAAGAUCGUAAAAUGAAAGUUAAAGCUACGACAUGUGUUACUCGAAUGCCCGAUGAUACAAGGCGACGUUUUUUAGAAUAUGAUAGAAUGAUUUUAUCAUUCAACGCCAAAUGGAAUGACGAUUUUUAUCAAAUAAUGUAUUUCUUGAUGGACGAUACCAUAGCUAUACGCGAGGUUCAUAAACAGAACGAUGGCAAGGAUCCUGUAACAAUGCUUUUAAAAAAAGUAAAAGUACCAAAAAAUUGGAAAUACCUUCCAUCGUCCUAUCCAGGGAUAUAUAUGGAAUACGGUGAUCCUGAGAUAAUAGAGUAUUAUACGCCAAAGGAUUUCAAGAUAGGUGAGACUGUAUAUAUAUUUGGGAGACAAUUUCUUUUAUACGAUUGUGACCUUUUUACCAGAAAAUAUUAUUCGGAAGUACUGAGGAUAAUUCAGCCCAACAAUAUUCCUAUUGAUUCACCUAAUGAUCGGAUAAAGCUAUUGUCUGAAUUUAAAGUACCUCCGCAUAUCAAAUUUGGAACCCCCGAGGACACAUACGCUAGCUGUUUAUCCUUUAGAGUUAAACCACCUAAAAAGGAUGUUAUACGACAAUUAUCUAAUUUCCCUCGAAAAUUACGUUAUUCCAUGAAGAUGGAUAACGUACAUCCUGAAGAUCAAGAUCGUGAUUUCAUUUUAGAAUACAAUUUAAGCGAAGGUACCGUGCUGAUACAAGAGCUCGAAAAGCGCAAUUCUGGUCGUCGCGAAGGGUGCUUCUUGAAAGCAAUGCUCGUUACAAAACCUGGGACUGAUAGAGAUAAUCCAUUAUAUUACACGCCUCAAGACUUUUUUAUUGGAGCCCAAAUUAAUAUUUUUAAUCAUUACUUUACUAUAAACGGCGCUGAUCUAUUUGUAUAUCGUUAUAUGGAGGCAAAUCCUGAAAAGUUUUGUCAGCAGAUACGUGAUAAUAUGCGCAAUUAUUUUGCACAGCAACAACUACUUCAAAAUGAUAUAAUGAUAGAAACAAAGAAAAUACAACAGAGACAACACGACGCGGACAUCUUUGGAGAAAAAGAAAUGGAGAAUGAAGUUCCUACAAAUUCUCAAAUUUGUCAGGAUGUUGAAGGAACAAUAAAAGAAAUUUUGUAAAACACAAAAUGAGAUCUUCCGUCACUGCCUUAAUUUAGUUAUAACAAAUUCAUUAAAUAUUUCUAUUUUUUUUUGUUUUCUUUUUUUAUCUAUCACAGAGAAUACAGAGAAAUUUGUAUUUGCCAAUGCUAAAACAGAAUCAAAUAUUUAGAAUUAAGCAACAAAUGUAACUAACAUUCAUGCACUCUAUUUAAAUAUUAUUAUCAAAAUUAUUUAACUUACUACAAUCCCAUGAUCCUUAGAAUAUAUUAAUAACUUUCUCUGAAAAUGUAUAAAGUAGAAAAAAAAAA